GGAAACUGCUAAAACUCAUCUACUUCCUGCAUGGAGACCGUAACCAGGGACUGCCUGACUGGGGAGGGGCAGCCCAGACACGGUGCAUGCUGGGAGAGAACACAGGAAAUGUCAUUGAUUUGGCUUCAGGUCGGGCAAUGUGGCAACCAGAUUGGACACGAAUGGUGGCAGAUACUCCACAACAACGCGAGUGAAGAGGGCAGAUACAACUAUUUCUCCCGUGACAACUCCAUAAAUGCAAUUUGUGUGGAUAGUGAACCCAAAGUGAUAAGAAAAAUUCGGAAGCAAGUUAAGAAAAGCUGUUUCAGAGACUCAAACCUGAUUGUUGGACGGAGAGGAAGAGGGAACAAUUGGGCCUUUGGAUACAGUGGAUCUUGUACAAACACAGAGAAGAGCCUGCUGGACCUGACAAUGGAGAGUUUCCGGAAGGAGGUGGAGCGCCGAGACUGUUAUAGUGGCACUGUGCUCCUUCAUAGUCUGUGUGGUGGCACUGGGUCUGGUUUGGGGGCUCAUCUGUGUGAAGAAAUCAGAGACACGUACCCUGCAGGUCACAUACUGUCCAUGACGGUGGCUCCCCAUGAAAAUGGGGAGACCCCCCUACAGCAUUACAACUCUCUGCUGUGCCUGGCCUGGCUGCAAAGGUACUGUGAUGGUGUGCUGCUCUUCCAGAAUGACGAUGUCUUGCGUAGAGCCGCGGAUCUGACCGAGAAGAAAAUGCCAAUGGUUUCAGGGGUGCAGCCUGCAGUCUCACUCCGCGACAUGAACACUUACAUUGCUUCGUGUCUGGUCGGUCUCCUUUACCCCGUGCACUCACUCGCAACCAGGAGCUCUGUGAGCAUUGGCCUGGAACCCUGGGAAAUAAUCCGAACUCUGUGUCCCAUGUCCACUAUGAAGUUUCUCCAAACUGCUCAGGUUAACAGAAGGGGAACUGCAUUCUGGGACAGAGUAACCUCAUCUCUUACGCAGACCAUACCUCGUGUGUCUCCUGAGGGCCACAUGCAUCACAGCCUAUCUGUCCUCGCCGCUGUGCGCAGCUCCCAGGACAAUUCAUUUCUCAUCAAACAGGACUCUGUGCUGAACAAGCUGAAGCAGGCAUAUCGCUGUGUGCCCUGGAAUCCCCGUCCCAUGAACUGCUGGAUCGACACUGAGAAUAUCCUGGACCCGUCCUGUCACAGCCACUCCCUGACGGUCUGCGCCAAUCACUCCAGCGCUGCUGAUCUGAUUUCCAGGGUGAGGCAGCGAGCUCAGGCCAUGUACUCAGCCCGUGCGUAUCUGCACUGGUACCGGAGAUACGGCUGCGAAGAUGAGGAUUUUGAGUCUGCUUUUUGCACACUGGACGGGGUGGUGGAGGAAUACAGACAUCUGGGGCAGCAGUGACACUGUGUGUGGUUUAAUUUCAGGAAAGAUCUCUCCACCAUGAACUCUGUAUUUAAACAAAUGCACAAGCAGGCUUAUACCAAUAUAUUAUUUAUUUUUUUACAAUUUAUUAAUUUAUAUUUGGCAAUUUCUUACAUUAAAGCUGUAAUCAUCCAUCCUUGUAUUCUG